AUGUCAACCUCGGGAGGAAUCUCAUUAUCUCAUUUCCAGGCUCGCUUGACUGUGCUGCAAUCACAGCACCAGUCCCUCAAAGCAGCCGACUUAGAAAUGCGAGCCACACAAUCCGAACGAUGCAGUUCUUCACUUGAGAAAGCCGUCAAGAGUCUAUUCCAAGUCAUAAAUCUCGUUCGCAAACACGAUAAACGUCUAGUUGCAUGGCACGACCGCAGUCCACAUCUCAAAUCGGCUCUUCGUUUAAUCGGCAUUGAUCGACGAACAGAACAUACCGUGAACAAGACUACGGCGAAACUCAAGAAUGGUGUACAUAAAGUCGAGACACAGUUUGAAUACGCCGGGCAAGUCAUAGGAGAGAGUAUCGAUGAUACUACACGCUUCCAGAAGGACUUUUCGCAAAUUAGUCACUCUGGAGUUGAGGAGAACCUUCAAGCCAUGAGAGCUGCUGAAGCUGAGCUGAAGCAGGAGUUGGAAGACCUCAAAUAUCAGAUUCAGAAUCAGGAUGUGGAGUGUUCUGGGGCAAUGGCAGAGUUGACACAGCAGAUUCAACGGCUUGAGGAGCUCACAGCGGAUCAUGACUCUGCAAGAGCCUGGAAAAAUACUUGGGGAGCGGUUACGGUACUUGCGGCAGCGGGAGCUUUUGCAAUGCCAUUUGUUGGUAUUUCGGUAGGAAUAGUAGCCGGUGUCAAAACUCUUAUGAGUUCUGAGCAACAAGAAGCCCUCAGGGUACAAAAAGAACAGCACGAGCUUCUUGUCCAAAGCCACGACUCAGAACUGAAAUCGCUUGAACUCCAAAUGGCACAAUCAGGUCGUCACCACGACAGUUGCGCCUACUACAUGGACCAAAUCAAGCAGAUCCAAAGCGCAAACUUGACUAUUCGUCAAGAAUCAAGCAGAGCGUUCAAGACUCUUUGCGAAGUGCAGAUGGCACUGGAGAAGGCGAGGCUCAACAUCUUUGAGAUAUCGCAAGAACUGCAGGAAUGCCAAUACGAGAAGACCAGGCGGGGAAUGGCGGCGAGAUUGAAUGGGAUCUUGCAGAAUAUUCUGGAGUUUCCUGCAAAGGCGAAGUUGAAGGCCAUUGAUCAGAAGCUCAUUGAGCAGGCCACGAGUGGGAUACGUGGUAUUUCUGGUGCAACAGCUGAGGUUAUGGCGAUUGUGGAGCAGUGUUGCCAACUCAAAAUGGCAUCGUAUAAUGGUCGGACGAUUCAUUCUCUUACAGGCGGAAACAACACGUCGGAUCAAGCAUCUGCAGAUAUCAUAGCUCUUCAUGGCCUAGGAGGUGAUUGGAAUCGUACUUGGAGCUCCUUCGGAUACUGCUGGCUCAAACACGCUCUCGUACCCAAGUUCCCAUCAUGCAGAAUCCUCUCUCUCAAUUGUCCAGAUAUGCUCUCUACUUUAUCAGCACACCCUCCAGGCAUAAACGGUCUAAUUCAUGAUAUCAUCAGAGACCGCCGUCAAGAGAACCGCUCAGAGUCACCGAUUAUCUUUCUCGGCCACAGUUUUGGUGGCACUAUUCUCAAACAGGUGUAUGUUGCUACACACCCUUCUAAUGCAGAUGACCCAGAAUACAAAGCGCUUCAUAGCCAGAUUCGUGGCUAUGUGUUCUUUGGGACAAUCCAUAAAGACAGAGACAUGAGUCGUGCAAAGCUUGAAGUCCCAGAGUUUUGGAGGGCUUUGAGUCGCGGGGCUUCAGGUACAUUGGGCGGUCACUCUCAUGAGUUGGAAAAGGCCAUGUAUACCACCUUUCGUGUUAAUCAUGCCUUUCGUCGCCUCGGUGGGGAGAACCUCCCCAUUAAUUGCUUCUAUGAAACCAAGGGGCCUGGUGGACUUAGUAGACGUGUGCUUAUUACUCAGGAAGAGUCAACUCUGGUCGCCCGCCCUGUUCCUACCAUGCCUUUAGAUCUGGACCACCAGUCCCUCGUUUGCUUCAAAAGUCCACGAGAUGAGAACCUCGCUCGUGUCCUCGACGCUCUUGAUUCGUUUAUGAUUCGAGCUAUGGACCUCGAAACUCGACUGCAUAGGUCGAGCGCUCCCGAAUCUCGAGGUCUUUGCCUUCUGUCACUUGAUGGAGGCGGUGUCAAGGGAUUGUUUAGCAUCAUUGUUAUUGAUCGGCUAAUGCAAGAGACACGACGCCUUGAAGGCCCUGGUGCAGAACACAAAAAGCCUUGUGACUAUUUCGACCUCAUUGGUGGGACAAGUACAGGAGGUUUGCUAGCAAUCAUGCUUGGCCGGCUUCAGAUGGACACUCAGCUUUGUAUUCAGGCUUACAAGUCUCUGUCCAAGGAAGUGUUUGCUAGGAAGUUCAAGGUGCCUGCCCUGGAGAAUCUCCGCAAGGCCAGCAAUAUUGCUUUUAAAUGGCCGUGGUUCGAUGGCGAUAAACUCAAAGAAGCCGUUUGUCGCACUAUCAAAGAGAACCUUCUCCCGAGUGACUCGGCUAUGGUAAGACAGAGUGGCUGCCGCGAGGAAGAUCUGACUCUCAUCACCGACAUGAAGUCUGCCACGUACUCUUUUGUCUGCGCCAUGCCCAAGUACGAGGAGAAAGUGAAACGAAUACGAUCUUAUGAGCCUCUUGACCAACAAAGACAUGUUCCAUCUGAACGGUUGAAGAUCUGGGAAGCAGCACGAGCAACAUCAGCAGCGCCGAUGUAUUUCCCACACAUAGAAGCCGGCGGCGUUUCUUACUUCGAUGGUGGACUUGAGAGUAAUAACCCCGUCAUUGAAGUGAUCGAAGAAGCCAAGCAAGAGUUCCCCGAUGAUAAGAUCUCGACCGUGAUUAGUGUUGGUACUGGUGUGUACCAAGCCUCAGAUGUGAGCGCAGGAGUUACGGGGUUCAUGAACUACAUGAUUAAUAUGGCCACAAGCACAGAGAAGCACCACAAAGCCAUUCUCGAGGACCCUAGAUUUGAAGAUAUUAGGAAAGAAGAGUACUUUCGACUCAACGGUACACUUGAACUUGGAGCCAUUGACCUCGCCGCUGUGGAGCGCAUGGAUGAGAUUGAACGUCUGGCUGAGGCCUAUCUGAGUUCUAAUGAGGGUCAACAACAAAUUGGAAUGUGUGCUGAGCGUCUAGUUGAGAGAGCGAAGCGCCAGUGA